CUCCAGCUGCACUGGGACAGAUUUAUGCUUCAGCUUUUUAUUUAUGAGCGCCAGUCCACCCUCCUGGACUCCGCUAGGACGGUGCGAGCGCGUCAGAGAAGUGUGAAGACGGCAUGGGAAACUCCGUGUACCCGAGAUGACCGAUGGUUUGGUCAAAAUAGUGAAGUUUUUUUGUCGCCAGAGAGGGAAACUUAAAACAAGGCUUGUUUUUGGAGUCCCACCACCCCUCCCUCCGCUCUCCCUGUAGGAUUUGAUUCAAAGGCGAAAACCAAGAUGGCCGCCGACUCCGUGCAGGGGGAUGCCCGGGGCCAACAGGUGGCAGAGCGCCUCGGUCUGGGACACAACCUGGACCUGUCGGACACCAUGGUCCAACAAAAGCUGGAUGAGAUCAAGGAGCAGAUCCGCCGUGAGAUCCGUAAGGAACUAAAGAUCAAAGAGGGUGCAGAGAACCUGCGAAAGGUCACCACAGAUAAGAAGAGCCUGGCUUACGUUGACAACAUGCUGAAAAAAUCUAACAAAAAGGUCGAGGAGCUUCAUCAGGAGCUACAAGAACUUAACGCCCACAUUGUGGUAAAAGACCCCGAAGAAGUGCUAGAAUGCCCUUUAACACCAGGUACCCCUAACAGCGAAGCAAGAAUGUGCACCAGCAGCAACCGACUGGCGGCCUUAAAACGGCAGGUUGACAUUGAGCUAAAAGUCAAACAGGGCGCCGAGAACAUGAUUCAGAUGUACUCCAACGGGUCCUCCAAGGAUCGUAAGUUGCUAGCAGCCGCUCAGCAGAUGCUUCAGGACAGCAAGACGAAGAUUGAGUUCAUCAGGAUGCAGAUCCUCAAGGCCAGCCAGGCCAGCGAGCUGAGCUUUGAGAACAAUGAUGUGAUGGAAAAGCCCAUCAUCAGCCCUUUAGACCUGCGGGUGGAGGAGCUGUGUCACCACGCCAAGAUAGAGGCUGCGGUAGCCGAGGGAGCCAAGAAUGUCAUGAAACUUCUGGGCUCUGGAAAAGUCACAGAAAAGAGGGCACAUUCAGAGGCCCAGGCUCGUUUCAAUGAGUCCAGUCAAAAGCUCGACCUUUUGCGAUAUUCCUUGGAGCAACGCCUCGCUGAGUUGCCUAAAAACCAUCCUCGCAGCAACAGCAUCAUAGAAGAGCUGUCCCUGCUGUCGUCACCAGCCCUCAGUCCCAGAUCCAGUAUCAUCUUCCCACAGUACAGCACCGUGACCAAGCCUGCAGCACUCACAGGCACAUUAGAUGUCAGGCUAAUGGGCUGUCAGGAUCUACUGGAAAAUGUCCCAGGUCGUUCCAAAGCUGCAUCUGUCCCGCUGCCUGGCUGGAGCCCCAGCGAGACCCGCUCGUCCUUCAUCAGCCGAGCAAACCGAAACCGUGGCGUGAGCUCAAGGAACUUAACCAAGAGCGAGGAACUCUCCAAUGAGAUCAGUGCAGUGUUGAAGCUGGACAACACAGUGGUAGGACAGACGAGCUGGAAACCAGUCAGCAAUCAGGCGUGGGACCAGAAGUUUACAUUGGAGCUGGACCGGUCCCGGGAGCUGGAGAUCGCUGUGUACUGGCGGGACUGGCGUUCACUCUGUGCUGUCAAGUUUCUGCGGCUGGAGGACUUCCUGGACAACCAACGUCAUGGAAUGUGUCUGUACCUGGAGCCACAGGGAAUGCUGUUUGCUGAGGUAACAUUUUUCAACCCUGUCAUAGAGAGACGACCAAAGUUGCAAAGACAAAAGAAGAUUUUCUCCAAACAGCAAGGUAAAACUUUUCUGCGAGCCCCUCAGAUGAACAUCAACAUUGCCACCUGGGGCCGUCUGGUAAGAAGAGCCAUACCAACCGUCAGCACAAACUCCUUCAGCCCACAGGCAGCUGAGACUGGAUCCAGCAGCCUGCCUGGUUCACCCACACCCAGCAGCGACCCGCUGGUGACCAAGCUGGACUUCGACAAAGAGCCCACUCCAGGGCCCAAACGUUACUCCAUACCCGAUGACAUCCGAGAACCACAAGUGCAUCACAGCGUUUCUGACAAGGGGGAAGUACAGGAUGCACUCGCCUCAUUUGACUUCCUCAACAAGAGAAUCAGCACGGUGAUGAAGCCAGAUAUGGAUGGAGUGGUGCACCAUGAGUUCCAGCAUCCUGACCUGGAGCUUACAGCCAUUCAGAAAGACACAGAGAUAAGGGAAGAAGAGCCGUUCCAAUUUAGUCUCCAAGACUUUAAAUGCGUGGCAGUCCUUGGACGUGGUCACUUUGGAAAGGUGCUUUUAGCAGAAUACAAAAGCACUGGAGAGAUGUUUGCCAUCAAAGCUCUAAAGAAAGGAGACAUUGUGGCUCGCGAUGAGGUCGACAGUCUGAUGUGCGAGAAGAGGAUCUUUGAAACGGUCAACAGCGUCCGUCACCCGUUCCUGGUCAACCUGUUUGCGUGUUUCCAGACGCAGGAGCACGUUUGCUUUGUGAUGGAGUACGCGGCUGGAGGCGACCUGAUGAUGCACAUCCACGCUGAUGUUUUCUCUGAGCCCAGGGCUGUGUUUUAUGCAGCCUGCGUUGUUUUGGGAUUACAGUUUUUACAUGACCAUAAGAUUGUGUACAGAGAUUUGAAGCUAGAUAACCUGCUCCUGGAUACAGAGGGCUAUGUAAAGAUUGCUGACUUUGGGCUUUGCAAAGAAGGAAUGGGUUUCAGGGAUCGCACCAGCACGUUUUGUGGCACACCAGAGUUUUUAGCUCCCGAGGUUUUAACUGAAACGUCGUACACCCGCGCCGUGGACUGGUGGGGCCUGGGCGUCCUCAUCUUUGAGAUGCUGGUUGGAGAGUCACCCUUCCCCGGCGACGACGAAGAGGAGGUAUUUGACAGUAUUGUCAACGAUGAAGUCCGCUAUCCACGGUUCCUCUCAACUGAGGCCAUCUCCAUCAUGAGGAGGCUUUUGAGGAGGAGCCCAGAAAGACGGCUGGGAGCAGGAGAAAAGGAUGCAGAGGAGGUUAAGAAACAUCUCUUCUUCAGGACCAUCGAUUGGACCGGGCUUUUGGCCAAGAAGGUGAAGCCGCCGUUCGUCCCGACCAUCCUGGGCUCCAGUGACGUCAGCAACUUCGACGAUGAAUUUACCUCAGAGGCUCCAAUCUUAACUCCGCCCAGGGAACCCCGAGUGCUGAACUCCGAGGAGCAGAACCUGUUCUCUGACUUUGAUUACAUCGCUGACUGGUGUUAGCUUCGCCUGAAACACACACUCACACUCUCACUCACACACUCACGCACAUACACACACACACUGUGAACCAGCAAGCACAGCAAUGACUGUAGAUCCCAUUUUUUUGUUUGUUUUUUAAAUCCUUAAACAAGAACAGACAAACUCUUCCCUGCCCCUCAUGUUUGGGGAGGAGCUUUCGGGCAGAACUGUGUGCCAUUGAGAAGAAAGUCCAGAUGCCUCCUGAGGACACACACUUACUACUUCUUUUUUUUUUUAUAUCCACAUGAAGAACUUUUUUCUUUUCUUUUUUUUUUUUUAAAGGAGAGGGGGAAAAGAAUGAAUUCUGUUGUUGGAGAGUGAAGCAGGCGGGAUGUCCUCCUGUACAGACUGCCAUCGUGUCCGUUGUCUGACCACUGAGAAUGUUUUCCACAUGAACUCUGAGAAAACGGCAACAUCACAGUCAUGCUAUUUAGAGUCACUGUUUUCAAUUUUUUUUUUGAUCUGUACAGAUAAUAUUCAGUCGUAUAUUUUAUUGUUUUGUUUUGGUUUGGUUUUUUCGUUAGUCUCGAAGCCCUCGCCGUACCUUAUCUCACUGUAAAGUUCUGCAGCAAUCGCAUCUGAAAGUGGCGCUCAUUGAAUUUGAAGUGCUUAAAGCAUCGUCACUGAAUAGUUAACAACAACAAAACAUCUUGACGACGACUACUACUACUGCUUCUUGACUUGAAAACGAGUAAGAGUAUUCACUACAUAUUCUUUUGGGUCUAGCGGUCCAGUUUACCUCCUUUUCCUCCCAGCGUGUCCACCUGAAGCUUCCAUGUCUUACACACCGCCCAAACUGGUAAAUGAAUUACUGUUUAUUUUGAGCCGAGUUCAUUAAAAUGCCCUUUGGCUAAGGGGAAAAAAAUGAUGAAAAACACUAAAAUUAUCUUCUGUCUGGUGCCCUCUAGUGGCCUCGCUGCUUUUGACCAGCUGUGGAGUUGAUACAGUAUCCAGUCGAGCAUCACGAUCAAACCGUAACAUCAUAUGACCUUUGUUUUUGCUCUUUGAUUCCUUCAUGUCCUUACAGAACAACCAUGUGUGUUGGACUUGACUUUUUUUUUUUUCUUUUACCUCAGUAAAGACACUAAAGCGUCUCGCCCAGUUACAGCUACCGAAACCAAACUCAUCCUGUCCUCCCUGGAGUAGCAGAGGAGCGGCUCUCUGUAGUUUAAACAAUCUGACACACUGAAAGUUUACAUAAAGGCAGAUUUAAAGAGGUGGUUUUGUGCAGAAGUCGGUGUCCUCAGCUGUUGCUUUGGAAAUGAGGCUACAAAGCUCAUAGUAACUUUAGGUCUCCAUCCAGAAGCCAUUUGAAAGCUUCCUGUUGUUCAGGUUACAUGUUGUAGCUGACAUAGGGGGCACGGCACUCUGUUAGUGUGGCUGUUCUGUAUAAACUGACUCAAAUGUUGCAGAGCUGUUUAUGAAUCACUACAGGGGGAGGGCAGGGUAUAUUUUAUAUAAAUAUAUAUACAUACUGUAUGUACACAAUUAAGCUGAAAGCACUAAUUUUAUCAAUAGUUUUUAAUUAUCAACGUUUCUUAAUGAAAAUAGAUUGUACAAAGUGUUUGUUUUUUUUAUUCUUUUGCUUGUGCAUGUUGUUGCCAGAACAGAUGAACUUUAUGGAUGGUACACCAAGUACUCACAGCAGUUGCUCUUCAUCCUCCGGUGUAAAAAAACAAAGAAAAUCAAAGGCAUUGUUGCAGUCAUUGUUUGUUGCCCAUCACGAAUGCACAAAUUAAACAUUUGUAACAGUGA